CUUUCUAUCUUCAACCCUUGUUCUCGAUAACAUUUGAGGCUAAUUGCAAAAAGAAAAGCAGCAGGUUCAGGAGGAUAGAGGUCAGAGUCAUAUAACACAGUUUACUCCUCUGAGUUGAGCGCGUAUCCAUCAAUCGAUAAUGGAGGCCUUAAAAGUAUGGUCAUCACGGCCACUGCGCCACCUAUUCCACAUCGCCUCUUCUUCUUCAAAAUCAUCAUUCGCAAUCCCUAUCACUUUCAUCCGAUGCUGCUCAUCCUCCGCCGGCGCCAUCACCGCCGACGCCCCGAAACAAGGCGGCAGGCAGCGGAGAUCUUCAACUACAACUUCAACUUCUACUUCUGAUAGAGACGCAAUUCGCGCUAUCCGUCUCAAAAAGGUGGAAGAAUUAAGGAGCAAUGGAUGUGAACCUUAUGCUUACAAGUGGGAUAGGAGUCACUCCGCUAAUCAGUUGCAAGAGAUUUAUAAGCAUUUAGGCAAUGGUGAAGAAUCAAAUGAUCAGAAUGACCAUGUAUCAAUAUCAGGAAGAAUUGUCGCACGUAGGGCAUUUGGAAAACUUGCUUUCUUGACACUGAGGGAUGAUUCUGGAACAAUUCAGCUUUACUGUGAGAAGGAAAGGCUUGUAGAUGAUCAAUUUGAACAAUUAAAGAGUCUUGUUGAUAUAGGCGAUAUAUUGGGUGCAAAUGGCUCUAUUAAGCGGACAGAAAAAGGGGAGCUUUCUGUCUGUGUAAAUUCGUUCUCGAUUCUCACAAAAUCUUUGCUUCCACUGCCGGAUAAGUUUCAUGGUCUAACAGAUGUGGACAAGCGUUAUCGCCAACGAUAUGUAGAUAUGAUUGCAAAUCCAGAGGUAGCUGAUGUAUUCCGUAAAAGAGCGAAGAUUGUAUCAGUCAUUCGCCAGACUGUUGAAUCCGUGGGCUUUAUUGAAGUUGAUACACCAGUUCUUCAGGGGGCAGCUGGUGGUGCAGAAGCUCGACCAUUUAUUACACACCAUAACUCUCUUGGUAGGGAUCUUUAUCUUAGAAUCGCUACAGAACUCCAUUUGAAGAGAAUGUUGGUUGGUGGAUUUGAAAAAGUAUAUGAGAUUGGAAGAAUUUUCAGAAAUGAAGGCAUUUCGACUCGUCAUAAUCCAGAAUUUACAACUAUAGAGAUCUACGAAGCGUAUUCCGACUAUGAAAGCAUGAUGAACAUGGCUGAAGAAAUUGUAACUCAAUGUGCUCUUGCAGUUCAUGGGAAGCUUACUGUGGACUAUCAGGGUGUGGAAAUCAAUCUGGAAAGACCUUGGAGGAGGGAAACAAUGCAUAAUCUGGUGAAAGAAGCAAUAGGGAUUGAUUUUAUUGAGUUGGGUAACGAUCUCACUGCUGUUAAGGAAGCAACUAUUAAAGCACUAAGUACGGGCCCAAAUAAUCAAGACAUACAUUUGAUUGAAGCAUGUUCAUCCGUUGGCCACGUGCUUAAUGAGGUUUUUGAGAUGGUAGUAGAACCAACACUUGUUCAGCCUACAUUUGUUCUAGACUAUCCUGUUGAAGUAUCUCCUCUAGCAAAGCCACAUCGGAGACAUGCAGGUUUAACAGAGAGGUUUGAACUGUUUAUUUGUGGUCGGGAGUUGGGAAAUGCAUUUUCUGAAUUAACUGAUCCAGUGGACCAGAGAGGACGUUUGGAAGAACAAGUGAAGCAGCAUAAUCAAAAGAGGGAGGCUGCAGCUUCAAAAGCGUCGGAUGCAGAAAAAAGAGGGCCGAAAGGUGAUGAUGACGAGUCUUAUGAAGUCACACUUGAUGAAGAUUUCCUAACGGCUCUGGAAUAUGGAAUGCCUCCAGCUUCAGGAAUGGGACUCGGGAUAGACAGGCUGGUGAUGCUGUUGACAAAUUCAGCUAGUAUCAGAGAUGUUAUUGCUUUCCCUGUGCUUAAGAUUCAACAGUAAUUUUAUCAGCGGCUUGAAGUUUCAUAAAUCAGGACAUCAGGUUAUAUUUACUUUAGCUUUUUAAGGAGAUCUACAAUCAUUUUUUCUCGUUCCAUAUUCUAUAAUUAUGAUUAAGCUGAGCUGCUUAUUGCAAGAAUUUUUUAAUCUAGCAUACUCAUUCUUGAUAAGUAAGGCCCCGAAGAAACUAUUGAUUAAAUUAUUGUUCCAACUUUAUGUUAAAUUUAUGAGAAAUGCAAUAUAGGAGAAGUAUUGGAUUGAAA